AUGGACUACGUGUCUUACCUGUUGCACACUCUGGGGAACGAUGACGCGGAAGCUGGAACUCAAAGGGAGCUUGCAUGUUCGCUGCUAGUGCAGUGUGUUCUCAUCUUCAAGACUCUUGUCGUCCUGAUUGGGCAUGACUCAUGGGAGCUGGCGUGGACCGACUUCCGGCAUGUAGUUGAGGAGUUCAUUGACGCGACAUCGCCACUGUCACAGAAGUCUGCGGAGUUGAUGGGCCAUAUCGCUUCGGUGCUCUUGACUGACAUUCCCAAUGAGAUGACUUUGAGCAUAUUUGGGAUGCUGCAGUGGCUCAGUACAGUGCUCAACUUUCCAAAGCGUGGAGGGAAGAGGCGUGUGGCUCAAAGCACACGCCCUUGCUUACCUGCAAAGAGCCAGGCAUGGAACCACACUUUGAAAGAAGGCAAAUGGCGCAUUCUCUUGGAGGAGCUUGUGUCCUGUCUCAUCAAGCAACAGCUAUAUACCAGGGGCAGCAUAUCGAGGCCGCUGGCGUGGGUCCUGGAUCUGGGCCGGCGCUACUGGGCACCGCUCCACGUGGCCAUGGCCGAGGCGGCCGGAACGGAGCCUUACCUGCUUCCCUUUCCCAGCGCCCUGCAGCCGCGGCCGCCAGCGCACCGAGAUCCUCGGCGCUUGCCGCUGGCGGAGCUGUGCGCCACCGGGAGGCAGCAACGCCAGCUUCAAAGGUCCGCUGUCGGAGGAGUGCCACUGCCAACGGAGAGCCCCAUGGUCUCUGACUCUGCCUACCAGCGGGAUGGCACCCGCCUUACUGUGGUCACAGUGGCUACGGGCUUGCCGAACAGCGCUGACUCUGAGAGACCUUCGUCAGAUGGGUUGGCGUACCUUCUCGACUUCCUGAUUUACGUGGAGAGGCCUCGUGGUGAAUGCAUCCGUCGGGGUCGCUGUGGUGACAAGAAUCGGACGGUCUACACUUGCGGUCCGCACGCAGCCAUCUUACCUGAAGUGUCCCUGAGAAAGUGGCGGUGCCUCUUUCCGACCGGCAAGGAGCGGUGGGUAGAUGCUUAUGCUGUAAGCUUCUUCCGGCAAGCUGCUACAAUCAGAUGCCCUGUUCCGUCGGACGUUUCCCUGUCCCUCGAGGGCCCACUGCUUGUGGAGCUUCAGGCCGAUUCACCUUAUGCCGGCGCUGAAGCCUGGAAGAUUGCGGCGGACGUCUGUGCGAAGCUGUCCGAAGGGGCUGGUGCGGAAGCUCCGGAUGCGGUAGUUGCUGAGGAUGCUGCGGACGCGGCCGCGCGACUGGCGAUUUGCGUCCAGCCUGCAUGGGACAUGCCCGACUUGGAAAGGAGCGUGCCGCGGCUGAUUGAGACCUUCCUGCGUUACUACCAACUGCUUGGUGCUGACAGCUUUACCUUCUACGACUUCGACGGGUCCUUCGCUAGCCACCCCGAGAUUGUGGGCCUGCUUGCUACAGGCAAGCUGAAGUACUUCCCUCGCUUCAUGAAAGCUGUCUCGGAGCUUUUGGAAGACGCCUGGAAUCUGAAGCUUGUGAAAGGGCAAACAGGUUCUCGAGCCAGCUUUAUUCAGGAGCUUACCUUGAACCAUUGCGUGUUGAACUACCGGAGCGCGGCGGACUUCGUCCUGCUGGCCGACAAGGACGUGUUCCUGGCGUUUGGUCCAAGCAUACCCGUUUUUCCACAGGCGCGGGGAUGUUGGCGCGAUGCCGGAACCACUUCAACCUGUUGUUCCGGCACAGGCCCACAUGCAAGGGGCAGGGUUCAUUUUCAUGGCAAGACCCCGUGCUGGGAGGGCUCACGGACUUUUUCGAAAUGCUGCUUGGAGUACAUGCCCGAAGCCCCCAUGCCCAGUCCCUGGCCGGAGUUUUUGAAGAGUCGCUCGCCAGAGUUCUGGCGGGCUGUUGGCACCAUCGCCCUGGGCGUCUGUGAGUUUGCCGUGCCUUCGUCUCUGAACACCUCGCAAACAGGAUCGGGGUGGUCAUUCUCCUCCCACAUCUGGCGCCCGAAAAGUUGUGAGUCUCAGUAUUAUCAUUUGGUCAGCCCGUGGCGCUUCAUGUCCCAGAACUCCGAGUGGGUAAGAUUGAGGCCGGGGAGUGUGAGAUACUACGUGGACAGUGAGGCUGCCCGUGCCAUGCACCUCGUGAAUCUUCACAAGGUCAGGUGCACCGAGCAACGAAACGACUACGGCAAUGGGAGGCAGCCGUGCAACUGGCCGGACUUUGGCCUGCGCUGGUCGCUGCCCGGCUUGCCAGAUUGA